AUGGCGAGCGGUGACAACAGACAUGCUGCUGAGGGCUUCCUCCGCUGGGGUGCAGAAGAGGAGGCGACCCAGGAACUGGAGACGGAGGAGUCGUCGGAGGGCGAGAAUGAAGAGGAGGGAGAGAAUGAAGAGGCCGAGUCGGAGGAGGAGCCCGACGCCAGGGUAUCGGAUGAGGAUGAAGAGGGCAAGACCAAGCAGGAGUGUAUCAUCUCUGACCCCUCCUUCUCCAUGGUGACAGUCCAAAGGGAAGACAGUGGAAUAACAUGGGAGACCAAUUCAAGUGGAUCUUCCACUCCUUGGGCUUCAGAAGAAAGUCAAACUUCUGGUGUAUGUAGUUUGGAAGGGUCAGUUCUGAAUUCUCCUCCAGGGAACGUUUCCUUUAUUGUGGAUGAAGUUAAAAAGACGCGUAAAAGAACUCAUAAGUCCAAGCGUGGUUCGCCAUCAUUGCGUCGGAAAGGUAGCAAAAAACGAAAUUCUCUGGAAUCGCAAGAUGCUCUGGCAAACAAGGAAGAUGGUCCUUUAAUUUCUGAAAGUCCAGUGCUCAAUACUGAGAAAGAGAAGUCAUCCAUUGGCACCUAUGAUCAAACAAGAAGGAAGAAGACAACAUCCAAUACGCCUCCCAUUACUGGGGCAAUAUACAAAGAGCACAAACCAUUAGUGUUGAGGCCAGUCUACAUAGGAACAGUACAAUACAAAAUUAAGAUGUUCAAUUCAGUUAAAGAAGAAUUAAUUCCUCUACAAUUUUAUGGGACAUUGCCCAAAGGUUAUGUAAUUAAGGAAAUACAUUACAGGAAAGGGAAAGAUGCGUCCAUUAGUCUAGAGCCAGAUUUGAGCAAUAGUGGUUCUAACCUAGCUUCCCAAAGAAGUAAAUUAGUAGCCCAAAGCCCAAAAGAUGAUACAGCAAGAGAGCUUGCUCCACCCUGGAGAGGUGCCUUCUCCGAGGGGUCAAAGGCCAUGACCUCAUUAUUUAGUUAUGAAGAGCAAAAGAAAACGUAUGUUGAUUCCCCCUUAAAAGCCACGUCUGCAACAGAGCACACAUUGCCUUCUUAUUCCAGAAAUUUGCUUGACACAGCAGAUCAAGAACAUCUAAGACCUCCAAAGACAGUGCCACAGCAGCCAGCGGACGAACUGAAGACCCAUAGAACAGAGCCACCCAGCCUGCCAGCAACCACAUUCCCUGAACAAGCAAAGGAAGAAUUUGAACCAGAUUCACAGGGAACGGAAAGUUCAGAGAAUGAUGCUUCACUGUUCUCAGGCCCAGCCGAUGAUGUAAAACAGGAAGGUUUUACAGAAACAAUGGUUUCUGCCAGCCAUUCCAUGUCAAGGGAGGCAGAGGAGUCUUUGGAGACAGGACCACCAAGACUGCCACCAUCCAUCCUAGAAAGGUUUGAGCCAGAUAAGGAAAAGCUAAAGCUGAAUUCAGUAGAAAAGACAGAACCAGCCUUUGAACACCUGACCUCAUCUGAGCCCACCGCCCACAGAGAGGAGGAGCAUGCGCCUGAGCGCAUAGCCCACAGAGAGGAGGAGCAUGCGCCUGAGCCCAUAGUCCAUAGAGAGGAGCAUGUGCCUGAGCCCAUAGCCCACAGAGAGGAGGAGCAUGCGCCUGAGCCCACAGCCCAUAGAGAGGAGCAUGCGCCUGAGCCCACAGCCCACAGAGAGGAGGAGCAUGCGCCUGAGCCCAUAGCCCACAGAGAGGAGGAGCAUGCGCCUGAGCCCAUAGCCCACAGAGAGGAGGAGCAUGCGCCUGAGCCCAUAGUCCAUAGAGAGGAGCAUGCGCCUGAGCCCACAGCCCACAGAGAGGAGGAGCAUGCGCCUGAGCCCAUAGCCCACAGAGAGGAGGAGCAUGCGCCUGAGCCCAUAGCCCACAGAGAGGAGGAGCAUGUGCCUGAGCCCAUAGCCCAUAGAGAGGAGCAUGCGCCUGAGCCCACAGCCCACAGAGAGGAGGAGCAUGCGCCUGAGCCCACAGCCCACAGAGAGGAGGAGCAUGCGCCUGAGCCCAUAUUCCACAGAGAGGAGGAGCGUGCGCCUGAGACUUCUGUUGCUGAAGCAUCACAAGAACUAGAGAAGGCAGUGGAAAUCACGGAUACCACUGAACCAGAAUAUUCUAGUCUAGAAGAAGAGAUCAUAGAACUUGAUUAUCCGGAAAGUCCUUUAGUUUCUGAGGGGUCUUUUUCAUCACCUUUGUCCCCUGAAGUGGAGCACAGAGAAGAGCCCAUUCUGCCAUCACAAAUGACAUUCACACCUGAACAUGUCUCUUUGUCUGAGGAGGAAAGAGAGGAAACCGAGUCUGUUUCUACUGAUUCUGCUUUUGUAUCUGAGUAUUCAGUCCCACAGGAUUUGAACCGUGUACCAGAGAAGCAAGAAGCCGAGGCAGCUUCUCUCUCUGAUGUGAAAUCCCGCUCUGAGCCUGCGGUUUUUUCAGAGGAGGAUGACGAACGCGAGUCCUAUUCCCCAGCCGUGGCAUCUGAAUCUGAGCUCUCUCUCUCUACAUCCACUAUCGAGAAGACAUCAGCAUCCCAGUCCCCGCUCUUUCCCCCAGUUACUCCAGACCAUCUGGUCCCAUCUGAAGACGAAGCCUCAGAGAGUAGAUGUCAAACUCCAGAUACUGCAUCUGCUACUGAGAAUUCAGUUCCAGUGCGUGCUGCGCAGGAGUCGCUGGCGAGAACAGGGGACCUUAAGCCCCCAUUAAAGUCCCAAGAUGUUUCUGAGCCCAUGAUUCUGGCAGAAGAAAAGAAAGAAGAACUGGGGUCGCUCCCACCGCCAUCCCUGGCUGCCACACUGAGACACGCAGUUGUAUCGAAAGAUGGGGAUCGAGAAAGUGAACAUGUCACAUCAGAUGCGAAACUGCCAUCUAAAUCCUCAACUCCCCAAAAUGCAACACAGGAAUCCCCCCUGAAAGCAAGUGAUGACAUGUCCCAAUUCAGACCAAAAGGCAUUUCUGAAUCCGUGACUCUGUUAGAAGAAGAAAAGGAAGAUGUUGGGCCAUCUCCACCGGAUGUGGAGUCUGCAUCUGAGCAUGCUGUCCCGCUGAACGCAACUGAGAUGCUUUCUGAAUGCCAGGUCCCACCUCCUUCAGCUGCUGCGUCUGAACAUGUGGUCCUACCAAAAGGAGAGACCAUAGCCGACCAGCGGUUCUCGCUGUCCUCCACACCUGCUUCCGAACGCUCAGUACCAACACCAUCUGUAGCACCAGAGUCCCAGGAGGAAGACAUCGUCCCCACAUCCCCUCUGCUUCUAAAAGGUGCCUCCUCACCCACCACUCUAUCGGAGCUAGAGCAGGAAGAGGGAAGUCUCGGGCCCUUCUCCCCUGAUUCUGCCUUUGCGUCGGAGUUCUCCUUCUCCCCCUAUCCGACUCAGGAGACAGAGAAGAGAGAGCUGGGGCGUGAUUCUCCACUGUGUUUGACUUCGCCAUCUGAGCAUACUGUUUUGUCAGAUGAAGACACGGAAGAGGCUGAGCUUUUUUCCCCAGAUUCAGUGUCACUACUUUCCAUCCCACCAUACAGACUCCCAGAAACAGAGCAAAAUGAGAACCAGCCAGACUCGUCCCUACCUACAAGGUCUGAUCCACAAUCUCCCUACUUCUCAGAAGCAGACGAAGAAGAGUCAGAAUCAACAGCGCUCACACCUGUGCCCGAGCCUUUUGAUUCUUCACAGGAACGGGAGGCCAAACCCUCCCUUUUCAUGCCUGUACCCGGAGACCUGAGCAAGCCAUCUUCAGCAAAUAAAACGGGCCAGGCAGAGAGCAUCCCAGAUGCUCCGACAAUCUCAACAUCUGUAUCCGAAUAUCUCAUCCUGGCCCAGCAGCAGAAAACACAGGCGUCUCGGGAGCCUGAGACAGAGAGUUUGGUACCACCACCUUUAACCAGCAGAUGGGAGAUGGGAGAUGUUAGUAGUUCAGCAGCAGCUACGAUAACCGCUUCUUCAUCUGCACUGUCCUCGGUGGUAAAGGAAGACGCGGAACCCGUUUUGCCCACAUCUCAGUCCUCAGUUCCACCUGAGCCCGCCCGUGUCCUUAAGACAGAACAGGAACCCAAGGCAUCACCCACUCUAAAAUCUGCACAGGAACAGAUGGCUCUGCCAAAAGUCAGGAGGGAAGAAACUGUGCCGGAUUCUCAAGAAGCAACGGCACACACAUCACAGGAUCAGACACCAGAGCCUCAGCGCCCAAAUGUUCCAGGAUCUGGGAUGAAAUAUUCAGCUCUGUCUGACUUGGCAGAGGAGCCAAAGGCGGAUGUCAAACCCGAUUUAGCUCCAACUGUGACUUCUGAACUGGAACGUAAGGUGUUGUCAAAGAAUGAGCCCCAAGUGGCAAAGUCAUAUUCACCUCUAGAGGAAAUGGCUGUUUCUGGACAUGAGGUUUUAUCUGGAGUGAAAACGGAAGUGAAACAGGGUUCUGGAAUAACCAGGGAGCUAACUGCAGCCUCGUCGGGAAUAGAAAAGGAAGUUGAACAUCGUCCUCCUUCGCCACCAGCAUUUUCAACUUUGUCAGAAGAAAUGCAGGAAGAACCCACAGCCAGCUUUUCUGCCGCCACAGUGCCAAUAACUAAGCUUGAUUCAAAUUUAACCGAAUCAGGCAGAGAUGAAACCCUGACAGAUUCAUCUCUCACCAGCCCCGAGGGACACCAGGGCCAAGAGAGAGUAGGGAGGAGAGAAUUAGGAAGAGGCUCACCGCCACUCAUGACUUCAAACUUGGUGUCUGUCCCAGAGGUGUCAAUGCCUCAACCCCGACUUCGCACCAAGUUGGGUGGUGAGGUAAAGAAAGAAGACAGUGAGCUUUCACCAGAAGCUUCACUGGCACCCGAGCACACAGCUCCAAACGACAAACCUGAGGGGGUGAGAAGGUCUCCUGAGUCUGAAAAUUCAGUGUCAGACGAUUUAGCCCCAACAUUACUGGCCCACGGGGAUGAGAUACACGAACAAGCAGAGGAGACAUCUUUAGUACUGAGGGGUCUCCUGUCAGGAAAGCAAGAGCUGGUAAAGCUGUCCCCAGAACCUGAGAAGAAACACAAACAGUUACCAGAAGCAGCAGCUGCUGGGUCAGAACUCAUUGGUAGUAGAGGCAGAAGUGGAUCCUUCAGCAUAGAACCAGUAAAACCCCUUGUAUCUGAACCAGGGUCUUCUGUCUUAGAAAUGAGCCCCACUGAGCUGAGGAGCAGAGGAAAAGAACAAGAGGAAGACAGGAAGUUCCCUGUGCCUGCCAUAUCUCCAUUAGAGACUGCCUCUUCUGACCUCCCUGCAGGGCAAAGGGAGCUUGAAAACACCCUGCAUGAGGGGUGCGUUAUUAAGGUGCCUGAUGCGAGCAUCUCUUUCAUAGAGAAAUCAGAUCUGGAUAUUCAACAGCUCUCAGAUAGGAAAGAGAAUUCGGAGCAAUCCAAAUCAUUUAUGAGAACGGAACCUGCCGAUGUUACAGGAAGAAAAGCGAAGGAGACUCUCUUCUCUCCGAAGGAUGACACCUGCAUUCUGGAGAAGCCAGACGACUUGGCCAAUCAGCACGAAGAUAGAAAACCAGGGUCCAGGCAGCUGGAGUCCUCUGCUAGCAAUGAUCUGAUGCCAGGGAAACUUGAGGCUGCUCCAUUGGAGACAGACCACAAAUCUGGAAUCAGAAACCAAGAGGCAAGCCCAGCACCAGUGUCUGGUGAGAAGGUGUCUGGAGAACCAAAAGGGGUUCCGUCAAAGGCUGUAAAUGAUGCUGAGGAAAGGAGAGAGCCAGCCCCAGAUGUGAGCGUGUCCACCCAAAGUAAACCUGUCCCUGGAGUCACAGCAAAUGUUACACCCCAACCGCUGAAGACACCAGAGGUGACACAUACGCCAUCUGAGAAGUCAUUGGUGGCUGAACAAGGUCUUCCUGCAGAGAAGGGGAAGAAAGGAAUAUCAGCCUUCAAAUCAUGGAUGUCUAGUUUAUUCUUUGGAUCAAGCACUCCCGAUAAUAAGGUCAGUGACAAAGAAGACUUAGAAACGCAGCCGAGUCCCUCUGUAGAGAAAGCGACGACAGCCGUGGACCCGAAAAGUGCAGUUCCUGCUGAGGUUAACACAGCUGAACUUGCUGAAGAAUCCGAUGGUGUGUCAGUUAAAGCCGGCAAAAGUAAAGACCAUAAAGAAAAACUCACGUUGCUUUCAAGUGCAGAAGUUUUAAAACAGCCCGAAUCCAACUCUGAAAAUUACAGGAAGAAAGAAGCUCCAGGCUAUUUGGAGGCAACCAGGGUAAGCUCAGCUACAUCAGCUGACAACAAACAUCUUGGAAUUCAACCUUGUUCCCCCACGGGUGAGAAACUGGUUAUGGAAGAAGCCCCAAACACUGUUCCUCUUCGUGUUACUGAGAGCCAAAGACACCAGAAGCCACAAAUCUCUCCUCCAUCUACGUGGAAUAUUUCUGUUCUUAAGGAAGAACCAAGCAGUGAUCGCAAAGAAACAUUGUUCUUGUCAUCUGACGUAGUAGAUAAAAUGCCACAACAGCCAAAAUCAGCUCCAUCCGACUUCACAAGGGUGAAGGACUCAGAGAAGCCAGCACCAGUGAUUUUGCCAGUGGAAUCAAAAGGCAGUUUAAUUGAUUUUGGUGAAGACAGACUAAGAAAAGAAACAUCAAAGCCCACUACUUUGAAACAUCGUGAAGAGGAAGUCGAACGCCCAAUGGAGGAGAAGGAUAGCUGGGAAAUCAGAUCAUUUUCCCUGGCAGAGAAGAGGGAGCUGGCAGAGACACAAGAAAUCAUGGCUCCCUUGGAGCUUAGGGAAAAUAAGGUGGCAGAAAAGCUGCAAAUGCCGCCGGAAUCUCGACCUUUUCAAUCGGAAGAACCAAAAGCUACUGAGAAGCGGUACCAACAGCGCAUAUCUCCAAAUGAAGAGCUCAUGGAAAAACCCAGUGUGACUCUUGCUUCGGAGGAGAGGAGAGAAGAGGAAGAGCAGACACGGGCAUCUUCAGAAGGAAAGCAGGGACACCGGCCCUACUCUCCAACUGCAGCCCUGCCUGAGCCCCAAGCAUCAGCUGUCUCUUUGGGUGAAGCCCAACCACCUUCAUUGGUUAAACCACCACCAGUUACUGAACAACCAGAAUGCAUGUUCACAGAGGUAUACCCAGAAAUUAGGGAGAGAAAGGCAGCAGAAACCCAACUCCAUGCCCUGGAAAAAAGUACAGUCUUAGUAGAAAAAACCAAGUCCUCCCAUGUGGAGCCUCCCCACGGGGAGGAAAUGGUUGGCCAUUCUUUGACUCGGAGAGGAAAUCUGGAGUUGGAGAAAUCCAGUGAGGAUAGAGUGGGCCUCAAAGAGGAGAGGAGACAGUUGGUAAUGCCAGAGUUGUCCACUGGUGCUUCAGUGGCUGCUGCGGUUGAAAGUAUGCCGUCAAGGUCUCUCUCUGAAGAUGCUGAAAGCAAGCCGGAGUGCACUCCUGAUGAAGCAGAGCAUUUAGGAACGCCGCCGACUCAGCUGUCGCCCGUAGAACCACAAACUCUUGUUCCAGGAAUGUCUCUAGAAUAUACAGUGAAGAGACCAGAAACGUGGUCGGAGAGGCCUACAGUGCACACCAUCCAGACAUCUACAGAUGGCCUGACUGGGAUGCCGAAACAGUCUGCUCUUGUUUCAAAGCGUCCCUCAGAAGCUGUGGAGGAUGUGCACAGAGAUGAGCCACUCUCUUCAGCCGCAAGCAACUACACCCAGUUUAUGCUCAAUGCUUCAGCCGUCAGUGCUGACCGAAUGACACCCAUGAAAGGCUCACGCAAGGAGCCCGAAGGCACCUCAGUAAAAGACGAAGAAUUUGUAGUAACCAGCAAGCCGGCUGGACUUUCGGAGGAUCAGAAAAGUGCCUUUAGUAUCAUUUCCGAAGGCUGUGAGAUACUGAAUAUCCACGCUCCCGCCUUCAUCCCUUCCGUGGAUCAGGAAGAAAGUGAACAAAUGCAAGAUAAGUUGCAUUAUUUGGAGGAGAGAGCCUCAUUUAAAACUGUACCCCUGCGUGAUGAGAGCGAGGCAUUUGCUGCCCAUAAGACACAGAAGGGCAAGUUAGAAGACUCUGACAGGGAAGUCACAUUGCUGGUGGAAAACGAGGCAAAGGAAGCUCAUAAAGCAAAAGAGGAGAGAGCCACUGAGCCAGAGACAGGUGACUUCACUUUUAUUCAACCCACAGCUUCCAGUGAAGAGGAUUAUUUUGAAAAAUACACGUUGGUUGAUUAUAACCUCUCCCCAGACUCAGAGAAACUGAAAUUAACUGUUGAGGGAUUCUCAAAGGAAGUCACGGAAGCAGCGGCUUCUUCCCCAGAGAGUUCAGAUGAACACACCCUAGAACACGAAUAUGACUUGGUAAAGUUAGAUGAAAGCUUUUAUGGGCUAGAAAAGGACUAUAGUGAGUCAUCUCAUGCAGAGAUGCAAAAGUCUUUGGUCAUCCAAACACCAGGCGAUAGAAAUGUUCCGAAGGCUAUCAGUAGAGAUGUGGACUCCAGAUCCCCUGGGAUGCCUUUGUUUGAUGUGGACGAAGGGGUUCUAUCAAGAAACCAGAUAUUCCCUACCGCCGCCAAGGCUGUUAAUCCUGAGCUUCUAGAGGAGCCACCUGCACUUUCAUUUUUAUAUAAGGAUCUGUAUGAAGAGGCAUUUGGGGAGAAGAAUGAAGAGGAGACGGCCUCUGAAGGUGGCAGUGUGGAUUCGGAGGCAUCGUUUCCAAGGAGAUAUUCUGACACUGAUGAUGGAGCAGGUAUGUAUUUUGAGAAGUACGUACUCAAAGAUGACAUUCUUCAUGACACAUCUCUAACUCAAGAAGAUCAAGGCCAAGGCCUGGAAGAAAAGCCAGUUGGCGAGGAUGAUUCACAUCAGCUGAGAGUUGCAGAAAGGGAAAUUGGCAGAAAGCCUGAAACUGGGUUUUGGGAGAAGAAUCUGGAAGAACAGCAAAAGGCUGUUGGCAGGGAAGGAGACUCCGUAGGCCACAUGGAGACCCACAGUGAGGUGGCGAUGCCGCAGAAAGCUCCCAUUACAGAGGAAGUCAGAGCAGUCACCCAGAAGAUGAGCUACGCAGUUCCAUUUGAAGACACCUGUCAUGUUCUGGAGAGUGUAGAUGAACCAAGCAGUCAGGGUAAUGAAGCAGGAAAUACCAGUCCAGAGGUCCAGCUGAAUGUCCCAGUACAAGUGUCUUUCCCAGAGGAAGAGUUUGCAUCUGGUGCCACUUUUGCUCCAGAAAUGCCACAAGCAGAGUUCAUCCCACCUGGGCCACAUGAAGAGAGGCUCUGCAAUAUCCCUGUCCAGGAUGAGUAUGAGUUCGUUGACUCUCUGAAUCAAGAUGUGGCCAGUCGAGGCAUCUUAUCAGAAGAACCACCUUCAGAAUCCACACCCGAAGAUGUGUUGUCUCAAGGAGCAGAAUCGUCCAAGCGUACCAAGGAACGUGAAUUCCUGAAGGAAGAAGGACCUAGUAUGUCUGCCGAGCAGAAAGAGUUGGACGGAAGGAGGAUAGAAAAUGACCGGCCUGCACCAGAGUCCGUUACAGAUAUGACCCAGAAGGAACGGACAAAGGCCCAGGUUGACUAUUACUGCUACACCUGCAAAAGCCUGGUCUCUGAAAUGGACAAGCUGUUGGGUGUUCACAAAGAUCACGAGGUUUCAGCCCUUGACACGGCUCUAAGUGCUGUGAAGGUUCAAUUAGGAGAAUUUCUUGAAAAUCUACAAGAAAAAUCCUUGAGGAUUGAAGCUUUUGUUAGUGAGAUUGAAUCCUUUUUCAAUACCAUUGAGGAAAACUGCAGCAAAAACGAGAAACGUCUGGAAGAACAAAACGAGGAAAUGAUGAAGAAGGUUUUGGCACAGUACGACGAGAAAGCCCAGAGCUUCGAGGAAGUGAAGAAGAAGAAAAUGGAGUUCCUGCAUGACCAGAUGGUCCACUUUCUGCAGAGCAUGGACACGGCCAAGGAUACCUUGGAGGCCAUUGUGAGAGAAGCCGAGGAGCUUGAUGAGACAGUUUUCCUGGCCUCAUUUGAAGAAAUCAAUGAAAGACUGCUUUCAGCGAUGGAGAGCACCGCUUCCUUAGAGAACAUGCCCGCCGCCUUCUCGCGGUUUGAGCACUACGAUGACAGCUCGGCGAGAGGUGACCAGAUGCUGAAACAAGCCGCUGUCCCACAGCCUCCCAGACUAGAACCUCAGGAACCAAAUUCCGCCACCAGCACAACAAUUUCAGUGUACUGGAGCAUGAACAAGGAGGAUGUUGUGGACUCAUUCCAGGUGUACUGCAUGGAGGAGCCUCAAGAUGACCAAGAAGUAAACGAACUGGUGGAAGAAUACAGAUUGACCGUGAAGGAAAGUUACUGCAUUUUUGAAGACCUAGAGCCUGACCGAUGUUAUCAAGUGUGGGUGAUGGCCAUCAACUUCACUGGAUGCAGCCUGCCCAGCGAAAGAGCGAUUUUUAGAACAGCACCUUCCACGCCUGUGAUUCAUGCAGAGGACUGUACUGUGUGCUGGAAUACGGCCACCGUCAGAUGGCGACCUGCUAACCCCGAGGCCACAGAGACCUACACUCUGGAGUACUGCAGACAGCACUCUCCUGAGGGUGAAGGUCUGAGAUCUUUCUCUGGAAUUAAAGGACUCCAGCUGAAAGUUAACCUGCAACCCAAUGACAAUUACUUAUUCUAUGUGAGAGCCAUCAAUGCAUUCGGGACGAGCGAGCAGAGCGAAGCUGCCCUCAUCUCUACCAGAGGAACUAGAUUUCUCUUGCUGAGAGAAACAGCUCACCCAGCUCUCCAGAUCUCCUUCAAUGGGACUGUGAUCAGCUUCUCUGAGAGGAGGCGGCUGACGGAGAUCCCCUCCGUGCUGGGGGAGGAGCUGCCUGCCUGUGGCCAGCAUUACUGGGAGACCACAGUCACAGACUGUCCGGCUUAUCGACUUGGCAUCUGCUCCAGCUCGGCUGUGAGGGCUGGGGCCCUGGGACAAGGGGAGACCUCGUGGUACAUGCAUUGCUCUGAGCCACAGAGGUACACGUUUUUCUACAGUGGCAUUGUGAGCGAGGUACAGGCGACCGAGCGUCCAGGCCGAGUGGGUAUCCUCCUGGACUACACCAACCAGAGACUUCUGUUUAUAAACGCGGAGAGUGGACAGCUGCUCUUCAUCGUGAGGCAUCGGUUUAGCGAGGGCGUCCAUCCUGCCUUCGCCCUGGAGAAGCCUGGGAAAUGUACUCUUCAUCUGGGCCUAGAGCCCCCAGACUCUGCCAGGCACAAGUGAUCCUGGGUCUUCAGAGUUUAUGAGAGUGAGAAUUCAGGUUUGGGGUGGAGAGCUGUCAUUCCCUCUCGGGUACCGUUAUUCAGGUGGUCUCCCACACACCUGCUCUAACAAUAGCUAAGGGUGCCACGGUCAGCGUGGGAGGAAAGCCAGAGACCCCGUGACCUUACGGAGUGUGUAAGUGGAGAGGGUGCAGACACAGUCUCCACCCUUCGGUUCACAGUUGGUCUUGUUGCCUAAAUUUGAAGGCUUUAUCCUUGAUCUGGGAACCAAAACCAGAGAAAUGGACUUCUGCCUGUUUUAUCGGUCAACCAAAUCCCCAGGUAGCCAGGCUAAAGAGGAGAGGUUUGUUAGUGGCACAUCUCCUCUGACAAAGAGACACAGGCUUCUUCCACAAGAAAAUGUCACCUCACUUCACUAAAGGAUAAGGAAUCCUAGUCAUUAGAGAAAAUGUUUUAGCUGAUCUAAAUUUACAACGAAUUCCUUUAUUA